UUUCUUUGAACAUUUUCAAAAACUGCAAUUUUACAUACUUAUCAUUCUACAUAAAAGCUAAACGUCCAUUUAAUUAAGCAUAAAAAAUAUAUUUUUUUUGGUGUAAAUUCAAGAAUAAAUGGCAAAAGUCUAUCGUCAAUACUUUGCGGGCUUGGCUUCUGCUGGUGGUGCUCUGGCCUGUGGCGCAGCCAUCGGUUGGUCCGCACCGGUGCAAGAAGAAUUUACCAGCGAGAAUGAUUAUGGAAUAACAUUCACGACGAAUGAAUACGCCUGGACUGGCUCUUUAAUGACUUUGGGUGCCGCUUUUGUUUGCUUCCCCAUCGGUGUGCUCAUAACAUUAAUUGGACCGAAAUGGACAAUGAUGCUCAUGGUUAUACUCUUCGAGAUCGGUUGGGGACUGAUGAUUUUUGCGCAAAAUAAAAUAAUGAUAUACGUAGCGCGCUUUUUGACCGGCAUGGCAGGUGGUGCCUUCUGUGUUUGCGCACCAAUGUAUUGUACGGCGAUCUCACAGAAGGAGGUGCGCGGCAUUGUCGGCAGUUUCUUCCAGUUACUUAUAACCAAUGGCGUUCUCUAUGCAUUCGCCUUCGGUGGUUUCACAAAAGCUUUCAUUUUCAAUAUCAUAUGUAGCAUACCGCCAAUCAUUUUCGCCGUGGUAUUUAUAUUUUGCCCAGAUUCACCGAUUUUCUUAAUAGCCAAGGAUCGCUUGGAAGCAGCACAAAAAUCAAUGGAAUGGUUACGUGGCAAAGACUUCGAUUUCAGCGCCGAAUUCAAUGAAAUGAAGGCAGACAAUGCAAAACUCAAGGAGAAUAAGGUGAAUUUGGGUAAAGCGCUGUGUCGCAAAGUCACACUCAAAGCUCUGGGCCUGUCCAUAUCACUGAUGGUAUUACAACAAUUUUCGGGCAUUAAUGCAGUAAUUUUCUACUCGACAGAAAUUUUUAAGUCUACAGCCGGCGAUUUGGAGCCUCGAUUUAGCACAAUAAUUAUAGGCGUGAUGUUGGUGGUGGCAACAGUUGUUUCCUUGUUCAUUAUUGACAGAUAUGGUCGCAUACCGCUCCUAUUACUAUCAUCCGUUUUUCAAGUGAUCUCAAUUUCAUGCUUGUCGGUGUAUUUCUUCUUGAAGGAGAAGGAUGAAAAAUCGGUAGAAAGCUUGGGUUGGCUGCCUCUACUGAGUAUUUGCAUAUACAUCUUAAUGUUUUCCGUCGGUUUCGGUCCCGUGCCGUGGGUGUUCAUGGCUGAGGUCUUUACCGAGGAUGUCAAGGGUAUUGCCGGUUCGAUAUCGGCCACAACUAACUGGGGCUGCGCUUUCAUCGUCACUCAAGUAUUUCCAAUUUUAAAUGGCUCUAUUGGUGGUGGUGCUUGCUUCGCGAUUUUCGCCAUUAUUUCCGCUGUGGGUGGAGUUUAUAUAUUUUUUUGCGUACUGGAGACGAAGGGGAAAACGUUUGCCGAAAUUCAAGCCGAAUUGGAAGGAAAGAAAGAAUAAAAAGCCAAAAGCAUAAAUGUAGAAAGGAUUUAAGAAUAUUCCUAGAAAAGAUUUAAGAAUAUUCCAACUUUUAUACAAAAUAAUCAGAUAUUAUUUCUCAACGUGGUUUUACUUAUACAAUUUGUACAUUUUUGCUUUACGAGCAAAAUACAUUAAUAUAUUUUGGA